CAGACAGUGCCCAUUUGCUCUUGCAAAUUAAGUUUGGUAUACUGUGGCCGGCCUAGCGGGUUUUUUCUUUGUUUCCUGAACCAUGAACACGUCCACAUCCAAGAGCAAGAAGAAGCAAACACAGUCCCAAGAAACAGCAGGCAGCGCCAAUGGAGGGAGGUUCCUAGGAGUAAGGAAGAGACCCUGGGGAAGAUACGCAGCAGAGAUAAGAGACCCAAGCACCAAGGAGAGGCACUGGCUAGGCACUUUCGACACUGCAGAGGAAGCCGCCUUGGCAUACGACAGAGCUGCCCGUUCCAUGCGCGGCCCUCGCUCACGCACCAAUUUUGUCUACUCUGACAUGCCUCCUGGCUCUUCUGUCACCUCCAUUGUCUCCCCGGACGAACGUUCCCAUCUCUUUGUCAAUUCCUCUGAUCCUGAAGAUCACCCUCGCCCUAAUCCCCAGCUCUAUUUCAAUCAAGACUCCACCACCACCCAAUGCCAUUUUUCAAGUGGCUACCCAGAGAUGGCCCAAGAAGAUGUCUGGGGCUCUUCCACUUCUUGUCAUCAAGACCAACCUGUCAUUGACAACAAAGGGUGGUCCUAUUCCUCCGAGUCUGAGCUCCCUCCUUUGCCUAGCUCUUUCUCUGCUGAUUCGAGUGUGACGUCCAAUUCGGGGUAUGGCACAGGGCAGGGCACGUGGAGUGACCAGCACUCGUCAACAGGUUUGAUGGGGUGGCCGGACGAUCCGACCGGACAGAUAAAUAAUGAGUUCGAGUCGACGGGGAGUGGCUCCUUCUUUGGGUUUGACACGAGUGAAUAUGUGCAUAGCCCUCUUUUCAGCAGGAUGCCAUCGGUUUCGGAUACGGCUCCUGAUAGUUUUGACUUGGGGGGAUCUUCCUCCUCUUACUUCUUCUAA